AUGCUCCUCAACCUCAGGAUCCUGCUCAACGAGCAGCACUUCUGCGGCCGCUUCAGCCAUGCACGCUCAAAGGUGGAGGAACUCCUCAACUCCAUCCCCAAAAAUGGCGGCGCCGGCAGCAGCGGCGGGGUGUGGCUCGCGGGGCACUCGCUUGGCGCGUCGAUAGCGUUGGAUGUGGGGCGCCAUAUCAUGACCGAGGAUGAGCUGAAACUCCCGACCUUCCUAUUCAACCCGCCACAGGUGUCGCUGGCUAGCCUGGCUCCGGCGAUCAACAAGCUGCCCAUCGCAGAGGUGGCGAAAAAGGGCGUGCACGCCUCGAGCUCCGCCGUGAAGCACGUGCUGGGGAAGACAGUUCUGAGGCCCCACAGGAGGAACAUGGAGGAGAAGUUUGAGCGGCUGUCGCCGUGGGUGCCGAAUCUGUACGUGCACCCGCGGGACGUCAUCUGCAGCGGCUUCAUCGACUACUUCGAGCAGCGGGAGCGCCACCCCCGCUUGGCCGCAUCGGCUGCCGUAAUGUCGUACCGGGAUAUGUGCCGCUCUGCUAUCGGCAAGCAGAAUGAUCGCCCGCAUCUCCUACCAUCCGCGGUACUGUGGAAGAACCAGAGCUCUCAAGGCAACCCACACGAGCUCCGGCAGUGGUGGCAGCCCCAAGGCCCGGAAUUGGAGUUGACCAGCCAGUUAUACAAGUGCUCUUGA